CUUGGCUGUGCAUAUAUUAAAUGAAGGGGGAAAGGGGAUUCACAUUCACUGGUGUAUUACAUCAUUGUGAAACCCUCUGGCUCGACUAGACCCCUUGGAAUCCACUCAAAGGCCCCUAGAGGUCCUUGAACCCUACUUUAGAUAGCUCUGUUUGCUGCAGGUUACACCCACUCCUCCGCCCUGCAGCCUCCUCUGCAUCCUCCCCUCAUGCUCUCAGGAGUCGGCAACUACCACGAUUCUCUUCGUACUUUAGAGACGACUGAUAGAGCACAGCUGAGAAGAAAACAUGCUUCGUUAAACUCUACACUUUGUGGAAUUAAAAAAAAAAAAAAAGAAAGAAAGAAAUCCCCGUCGCUUUAAGGAGUGGUUGAAUGCUGCGUUCACAGACACUACGCAAUUGGAAUGAGAAGACGCGCAAAAAAAGUUUUUAACAAGACGAAAGAUUCAGGAUGCACUGGUUAUCGUUCCCCAAUUUAGGCCUACUUGUUUGUUUUCACAGCUGUAUAUCAGCAUUUACACUGGAAACCAGAACCCUGACAUACGAUGAGUCCUACUACGAGUAUGUGCCUGAUCGCCUGCAGUGGAGCAGUGCAGGGGAACUAUGUCACCAGCGCUCUGGGGCCUUAGCCACAGUGUCCAGUCCAGAAGAGAACCAAAACCUAACCAACUUUUUAAAAUCUUUGAACAUCUCUCAACCCGUGUGGAUUGCCAGGAAUGUCAUAACACAUCUGACAAGUUCCUCUAAGACCCUGAUUCUGGAAUUCACCGGGCGCUCGGACAGGAAGCAUGCCCGUCUCCAGCACAAGUUCCCCUCUAUGGGCUCAGUGACCGUUUGCACCCAUCUCCGCUUCGAUCCCAACUGCUUUGGAAUUUCCACCAUCUUCUCUUAUUCCAUCCAGUCAUAUAUUAAUGAGUUCCAGCUCCGUGCAAACCUGAUCCAGGGCAAGCCUGUGAAGCUGGCUCUGCUGGUCCAUGGCAUUCAUGGGUCUUACCAAGAAGCCUUUGACCAUGACGACUCCUGGCGAUCAGUCUGCGUUUCAUGGAGCCAAAAUGGUGGACGCUGGGCACUAUAUACUGGAGGCCUUGAGUUCGCUAGGGGUGAUGGCCUAAACAGUUCUGAGAGCAUUGGUCCAGAUGGGCAUUUCAUUAUCGGGCAGGAGCAGGACACUUUUGGGGGCUCAUUUAAGAAGGAUGAGUCAUUCUCAGGGAGCAUCACAGAGCUGCACAUUUGGGAUCGGGUACUGAAUAGCAGCGAAAUCUUCACCAUGGAAAAAGAGUGCUCGCCCAUUUCCUCUGGGCUGGUGUUCAAGUGGAGUGAAGGAGCCAUGGAAAUAGAGUCCUCCCUUACAAGUGUGUGGAGAGACAACCCAUGUCAAGGUAACUUCACUGUGUUAGCAAGUGCAUUCUUGGAUUCCUUCCUGGAUGGAAAUUCUUUGCAGAAUCGAACAAUCUCCUUUGAGUUUGUCCACAGCCCUCAGUCUGAGGAGAACUGUGACAUCUUUGAUCCUGUUGUUGGAGACUGGAGCUUAGCCAAAUGCAACUCAGCCAGAGGGGCUGUCUGCCAAUUUAAGAAAGAAGUGUUAGAUGUUUUUAGCUUACUGAAUACACCAUUCUUCAGUAAACUGCACAAGGAUCUUCUGACUAAACCUGAGCUGACCGUCAACACUUCCUGGGGCAGGGAUCCAACCUCACUGCAGCAGCUGUUCCAGGUUGUCCUGCAUACUGUUGAAGCUGGUGGCCCAAACCUCCUCACCUCCAGCGAUGUCCUCUACCUCUCCCAGAUGAUUGAGACGGACCUGACUGCACUGGCUAGCACUCACUCUGCCAGAUAUGAUGCAGCAGAGGUCAUGGUCUCCAUUGCAACAAACUAUGUGAAGGUGGCAAGCUUGAUGCUGGAACCCCACAUGGCUACACAGUGGAUGGGCCUGACAGAAGAUGGGGUCAGUGUGGGGCCAUUUACUGUUGUCAGGAGCAUUGACAGUCUCACUGAAGCUCUUGCAGACAUGCUAUCUGUUGAGAAAAGAGGCUUCACUCUUUCUACCAAGAACAUAGAUGUGUACAUGAAGUGGCUGAGGCUGUCUGAGGAGCAGUGUAGUCAAGUGUUCAAGCCGUCUGUGGUCGGCUCUCACGCUACCAACAGCAAUGGUCAGGAUGAGUUGAUAAUCCCUGACACUGAACUUCAGAGGAUACAUACACUGGGGUACGAGGAAGUGAUGUUCAUUCAUACCCACUAUAGCCAUCUGAGUGAGAUUGUGUCUGGAGAACAGGAACCUCCAGGGAAUCAUCAAGAGAAAAUUAAAAGAUCUCUCCCAGGUCACCUGGCUUCUGCUGUCAUAUCAGCCACUAUCCGUGAUGCCUCCAAGCCCCAAACCAUCCCUGUUGCUGUCCAGUACACCCUUUCUUCAUCACAUGUGGUGGAGUAUUCACAGAGAGUUUCUCCUGUUUGUGCCUUUUGGAAUUUCAGCCUGAUGCAUAGUCAUACCAGUAGCUGGUCCAGUGAUGGCUGCAGGGUGACAUUUGCCGACUCUAGUGUCACUUCCUGUCUGUGUAACCACACCACCAACUUUGCAGUACUGAUGAAUUAUCUGGAGUCAAAGUGGAGUCCUGAGGAAGAGCUUAUUUUGACCAAGCUGACAUUCAUUGGCUCUGGCGCAUCUCUAUGUGCACUGGUAGUGACCUUGAUGCUGUUCACUGUGCUGGAUAUCCCCAAAUCUGACAGGACGUCCAUUCAUAAGAACCUGUUCAUUGCUCUGAUCUGCGCCCAGGUGAUCCUGCUUUGCAGUGGCUCGGCCAUUCACAACAAGGUGGCGUGUACACUUGUGGCUGCACUGCUUCAUCUCUUCUUCAUGGCAGCAUUUAGCUGGAUGCUGGUGGAGGGUCUGCUGCUGUGGAGCAAGGUGGUCGCGGUCAACCUAAGUGAGGAUCGACACAUGAAGUAUUACUAUCUCAUCGGCUGGGGUCUGCCGGUGCUGAUCGUCACAAUCACGCUGGCAUCGGCCUCAGGCAAAUACGCAGCUGACGGCUACUGCUGGCUCAGUGUCCAGAAUGGUGUUAUCUGGGGUUUUGCUGGGCCUGUCAUCUUCAUCAUUAUGGUAAAUAUCAUGAUACUGACACGGGUGGUGGUCAUCACCAUCUCCACAGCCAAGAGGAGGUCAAUCAUGUUGGCCAUGGGCACCAGUCCUGUCGAACAAGCCUAUGAGCAAAUCAGGGCUGCAGUGAAAGCAGUGCUGGUGUUGUUGCCCAUCCUUGGAUUGACAUGGCUAUGUGGCGUCCUGGUGCCUUUCUCCAUUGUCAUGGCCUACAUCUUCAUCCUCCUCAACUCCCUGCAGGGCCUGUUCAUCUUCCUGAUAUAUGGGGUGUACAACACAGAGGUUCGGAGCACGGUCAACAGGAUCAAGGAGAGGAGAAAAGCACUUAAUUUUUCAAACUGUGCCAGUUCCCGACCAUCGAGCUCAGUUACCAGCUCUCGUCCUGUCAGUUUCCCGCUUGGAACUACCCCAAGCCAGGAGGAGGAGACUACCCCUUCCUACACUUGCAGCAAGGAGGAAGAGAGGACUGAAGGUCAGCUGUCCAUUCCUUGUGAUCCAGAGAGAGUAGAAAAUCCCUUGAGCCAAACCUUGAAAGGCACUCAUCUGCAUAGAAAGGAGCCUCCCUCCUCAGAUGUGGAUGCCUUGCCAGCUGGUUGUAGUCUUCACGUUCCCAUGGAGCUGGAGUUCACAACUUCCUGUUUCCCUCGCAGCCCUGCACCACAGACAAGCUACGGGCUUGUCUACGUGGACUGACCUGGUUGGUGUGAUGGUGAUUGGAGUUUAAUAUUGUGAUUAAUUUUUUAAUCAGAGUUGGUGAAAUAUUUUCUUUUUAUUACAUUAUGAGCUCAUUUUUCCUUAAGUCUUCAAUUUUCUGUCACCUAUGAUCAUUGUAGAGACACAGGAAUAUUUGGUACAUCUGUGUCCUUGAGUGUUGCAUUCCUCGAUACUGGUUGUAAGUAUUUUCAGUAAUCCAGGACUCAUUUUGCCUUUUACACUUAUUUUAAAAUGCGCAGGAUAAUGUAAGCUAAACACUUCAAAUAUAAUUUUAAUCUAAACUUAAAUUCUAAGUUUUCAAUAAGCUGAUUAUCUUUGCAUUUGGUAAAUUUGUAUGUUUUACAUGUGAGUGCCUCUUUCAAGGCUUUUCUUGCUGUACAUGUGCUUGUCAAAGCAUUAUAUUGUCCAGUACAGUGUGUGGCAGUAAUGGGGUGUCCUCGUCAUAUAUUAGUGUAGGAUACAUCUUAUGUAACUGCAAUGUCCCUGGUUUGAGUCAGGCAUGUCGCAUGUCAUCCCCCGUCUCUCCUUUUCAUUGACAUUUAUAAUCCCGUGCUGAUGCUGUGCCACAAGACCAAAUGUGUUUAAAGAACAAUGUUUCCAAGACACAAAUACAGGAGUAAUGGAGUA